CUACUCUUACCUCUCUCUCAAACCCAUCACAGCAAGCUUCGAAUUUCAUCCAUCCAUCCAUCCCUAUCUGCCAUCGUUCACAUACUUGCUCGUUAAGUUUAGUUGUUUGUUUUCAUAUUCUAGCUAAUCCUAAACGGAAUGGCCGAAGAAGUUCGUCACAAUAUCUACCCGGCGACCAAGACCGAUGAGAGCGGGAGCACCAUCAUCAAGACUGAGACUGAGGAGAGUUCAGUUGAGACCCAAGAUCGUGGGUUGUUUGAUUUCUUGGGGAAGAAAAAAGAAGAGAAUGAGCCCAAAGAGAAGGUGAUCGGAUCGAACACUGAGAUCGGCUCGGAGUUCGAGAAGGUGUAUGUGUCUGAACCUGUGAGGAAGAACGAAGAAUACGAAGAGGUAAAAGAAGAGCCCAAGGAAGAAGAAAAGAAGCAUGGCCUUCUCGAGAAGCUCCACCGAUCCGGCAGCAGCUGUAGCUCUUCAAGCGAUGAGGAAGAAGUGGAAGAGGGAGGAGAGAAGAAGAAGAAAAAGAAAUUGAAGGACAACAUCAAGGAAAAGAUAUCAGGAGAUCACAAGGAAGAAGACAAGGUUGAGAAGUACGAAGAGACGGCCGUGCCAAUCGAGAAAUACGAAGAACCAGUACCAGUCAAUGUUGCAGAGCCAACUUGUGAACCAGAGGAAAAGAAAGGGUUCCUAGAAAAGAUCAAGGAUAAACUACCAGGUGGACACAAGAAGACAGAAGAGGUGCCUCCAUCACCACCACCACCACCACCGGCGGAGGAGUACGGCUCCCCUGACGGUGAGGCCAAGGAGAAAAAGGGUUUUAUGGAGAAGAUAAAGGAAAAGAUUCCUGGGUACCACCCAAAGACCGAAGAUGAAAAAGAGAAGGGAAAAGAAGAAGGAAAGUAAUGCGCACCACACUGUUAAGUAUUGUGUUUGUGAGUGUCAUCAUUGUUGUGAUGUUUGGAUUGUUAUUAAAUUCUCGUUUGUUGCCUUUGUGUUGCAGUUUGCUUGAUAUAUAACAGGCUUUCAUACGCUUGGUAAUAUAUAUAUAUAUAUAUAUAU